CCCUGGCGGCGAGAGCGGGAAUUUCCGGCCGGAGCCGCCGCUCUGCAGCAAUAUGACGUCGGCCCUGGAGACCUACAUCAACCGAACAGUUGCAGUCGUUACAGCAGAUGGAAGAAUGAUUGUGGGAACCCUAAAAGGAUUUGACCAAACCAUCAACCUAAUCUUGGAUGAAAGUCAUGAGCGUGUAUUUAGUUCACAACAAGGCGUGGAACAAGUAGUGCUUGGCUUGUACAUAGUAAGAGGAGACAAUGUAGCAGUGAUUGGUGAAAUAGAUGAAGAAACAGAUUCUGCAUUGGAUUUGGGAAACAUCAGAGCUGAACCUUUAAAUUCUGUGGUACACUGAAAGACUUAAGAACUGUGUGAAUGCAUGGCUGACAUUGGGAAGAUUAGAAAACUGAUACGUUCACAACAGCUCAUGUAGGCAGUUUGAUGUUUGAAAAAAACAAAUAUUCCGUAUUUGAAUAUUUUUAUGUAUUUGUAGUUUUGAAUAUUUACAUAUUUCUUAAAACUUGAAUGUAUUGAGUAUUUGAUGACAAAAAAUAAACUUGAAAUAUUAAGCUAAA